CUCCUCCCGAGGAGACUCGCCCAGGCGCUGCCCGCCGCCCGCCGCCACCAUGUCCGAAAUCCUGCCCUACAACGACGACAAAGUGGCCCAUUAUGGCACCGACUCGGAAGUCAGCGACAUCUCCUUCAGCUGCCGCCUCCAGGACACCAACUCCUGGGGCAACCAGUCCAAGCGGCCCCCGAAGCUGGGCCAGAUCGGGCGAGCCAAGCGAGCGGUGAUCGAAGAUGAUAGAAUAGACGAGGUGCUGAAGGGGAUGACAGACAAGUCGCCUUCCGGGGUAUAAAUUCCGCUGCAACCAAAGGCGCCUGCACCCGGCUGCAGGCUGACCCCUGAAAAUUUUUUAGCACUUUUGGCUGCGCAUGUUUGUUGGGAUUGUGGACAACAAGGGAAAGCGAAGAAGAGAAGGAGAUGAGGCUGCUGGCAACAACACCCUCCACCCCCAACGCAGACCCCAACCCGACGAGGGAUCACUGAUGGGGGGGGUCCACCAUCUCACCCUCCUCCGCCUCCAGCGGAGAGCCAAGGGGCAAACAAGUCAACCAACAAGCCAACCAACAAGCCAACACAAAGAGACCUUGUCACCCAACUCUGUCCUGAUUACCAACCACCGGUACCACCGCCGCCGCCACUACCACUCGCGCACGAUGCCCAACCCCGGAGCAGCUGCAUCUUCAACCACCCCUUCCAGAAGGGAGCGCCCUCUCUUUGCGUUGGAGCGGAAGGCAGUUCUUGCGCCUUGGAGAGCUGUCCGUUUCAGCACCACCGCCCCGCGCGCGACGGUGGGUCCGCGCCUGGCCCCCCGUCUCCCGAGACGCGCCCGCAGAUGGGGGAGCUGUCCGGUUCAGCACCAUCCUUGGGAUGCUUUGCCUUGCCUAGCCGUCCGAGGGGGGGCAGCCCCUUUUCGUGAGCACUUGCUGAAGUGCUGCCUGUAUUUUUUUGUUUCCACCCCCCCUCGCCUUCCCGAACCUUCUCUUCCCGCAUCCUUCUCUCUACCCCUUGUCUCCAUCGCGCUCGCUCUCUCCCCUGCGUUCUUAGGAUCCAGCCUGCAACAGCGUCAAGUCCCCUCUUUGGGUCACCCCCAAUGCCACGAUCUGAAGGUGCUGUUCUUUGAAGAGUGCUGAGCCACGAAAUCGCCCAGCGCUCUCCAUUUUUAGGGGGAGGGGGGUCUCCUUUAGCAAUGCACUUUAUACCGUUCACUCUUUUUUUUGGGGGGGUGGCUCUGUAGCUGACACCUGCAUAAGCUUAGACAAGCAUACAAAAAUCGACACGCUUCUCUAAAUGUAGCAGACUCAUCCACGUCCUCAGCCAUCACUUCAGUAUUUCGAACCAACAACUACUCCGCAAUACAUGGUAGCGCUCUCCCCCCUCACUCAAGCCACCUGUAAUACCCAGUCCGUUUGCAAAAUACCAGCAGUUUGGAAGCAAACCCAACGCCAGCAGUGCUGAGUGGAAGACAGAGAGGUUCUGACGCAGAUGAACUAUACUAUUAAAAGACAGUGAUUGUUUUUUGCUGCCGAGAGACAUUUUUGCUCCAUCUUUUUUUGCAUGAGCUUCCUGGUCUUGGUGCCACGUCUUGGUGCCACGAGUCAUCCCACUAUGGCACGCUUCUUUUUAACAGAAACUCCUCAUAUUUGUAUUUUUAUAUCUGAAUAUUUGUUAACAACAAUCUGCUAAUGUCUAAUGUCAAAACGUUUGCAUCAAAAGAUUGUUUGUAAUUUUUUUUCUCUCUCCCCAUAAAAGAAAGGCAGACAAGGUUUUUUACAAGAUGGGUUUCCCAGUGGAAAGCAGAUAACGUUGAAAUAGCUGGAUCUCUUAAUUAUAUAUCAGUAUUGGACAGGACUUCUUGAAUGUGUUUCUGGUUUUGCACACAUCAUCGUUAAUAAGAAAUGUAUUUAAACAGUCUUAUACUGCGAUCAAUGGCUUCGUUGAUGGACUUUGUAGGAACACGAUGACUUUAGGAAGAAAAAAAAACCUAUUGCACUGUUUAUGAAUGUGAUCAGAUAACUUGCUGGUUAUUUGAUGCCUCUUCAUUAAGGGGCAAUGUUCAGAGUUGUUUUUAAUUUUGUACUUUAAUUUAUUUUUUUUAAAGAAGCUUAUUCUCGUCUGUUGUGCAUGAGAAACCAUCAUCUUUUCAAUAAUAUACAGUGACAUUUUAUGAAGACAAGCAAAAAAAAACAAAAAGAAUAAGAAUAAUUAUUGUCAUGACAUUCUAAGAAUGACCCAUUGUAAAUUUUAAUGCCAUUUUUCACUGUACUGGUGAACAAAACUCAAUGAAUAAAUACAUACAUGUACUGAAA